GAGAUUAAAACAAGAGCAAACCAAAAUGUUCCUUACCCAUGUGCGUUCUGUUUCAGAACACCUGCUGCAGCCAUGAUGCCUGUUGCAACCGUGAUGCCUGACGACACGCCGAUGUUUGACCCGAAUAUUCUGCACGAACUUGACUGGAGCGAGAACACGACAACGUUUUCUCCUGCUAUUUCUCCUUUAGAUCCAGGAGAUGGCCUAGUUUUGAGACCACUUUGCACAGCCGAUUUAAAUCGAGGCUUUUUUAAGGUUCUGGGUCAGCUGACUGAAACUGGAGUUGCAAGCCCAGAGCAGUUUAUCAAAACCUUUGAGCACAUGAAGAGAUCUGGAGAUUACUACGUCACUGUCGUAGAAGACACAAAUCUUGGACAGAUUGUUGCUACAGCAACGCUGGUGAUAGAACAUAAGUUCACUCACUCCUGUGCAAAGAGAGGAAGGAUAGAAGAUGUAGUAGUAAGCGGGGAAUGCAGAGGAAGGCAGCUUGGUAAACUAUUAACGUCCACCCUAACGUUGCUAAGUAAGAGACUGAACUGUUACAAAAUUACGCUUGAGUGUCUGCCAAAAAAUGUGGAUUUCUAUAAGAAGUUUGGCUAUUCGGUAUCUGAAGAAAACUACAUGUUUCAACGGUUCUUUAAUUAAGAACUUCUAGUCUUUUUUUUUUUUUUUUUGUAAAGACUGUUGGUGGAGGAGCUUGUGCUACAAACAUUCUCUUCGUGGAAAAUUUAUAUAGUUUAUUGCUGCGAAUAUAACGAUCCCUAUAAAUAAUGAACAUCGAAUGUGUAAAUCCUGGGGAAAAAAACAAAUUACUGACAUUUUAGAAGGGUCCUCUGGGUUAGGAAAUAAGCGCUUAGAACUAAUUUUUACUACUGUUCAGUCAAAGUGAAGCUUUUUUUGUUCUAGCUGAGUUACAAAGGACUCUUGUUAAAGGGAUGGUUUUUAACCAAAGGUAUAUAUUUUUAUCUCAAAUUUUUUCUUGCAUUGUAUUUUUCUAAAGGUUUGCGCUUCUUUUCUUGGUAGCCAAAGUACAGCUGGUGGGAUUGUUCUGCUGUCUGUACUUCACGGAAGGAUGAUGAAGCUCGGGUAGAGAUGAUGCUUCUCUUAUGCCGAAUUAGUGAUAGGGAAUGGGCGUUUGUUCUGUUCUUUCCAUGAAAGCUCACUGAAGUGCUGUUGAUGUUAACGUACCUAAAGUUUUAUAGGUACUAUUUUCCAAAACCGAAUUUGUUACUAUUUGUGCGGGUAGGGGAGAAUCCUUAUGGGCUAUGCUAAAGCUGAUGUUCCGAGUCUAAAAAUGGAUGUGUACUUCUCACUGCAGGAGUCCUGCACUUUAGCUGAUAACUUUGUUUUCAGGAUAAUUACUUGUUUUCUGACAAAAAAAAAAAAACCAACAAAACAACAAACCCAAUGGUUUGCAACAGGGCAAAGGUAACUGGGAAACUGGAAUGUCUAACAGACAGAAUACACCCUGUCUUGCAUGGGGCUCUGGCUUAGUACUCAAUGGGACUGUGAUUUGGGAUUGGCAGGAAUGCGUUCAGCUUCACCGAACGGCCAGCUCGCUGAACUCCUGAGGGCCAGGUGGGCUGCGGUUUUGCUGGUAAGGGCUUGUGCCUCCGGUAUAGCAAUCCCCCAUCCUGGUCCCGAGGGAUUGUUGCUGCUUUAGAGCAUCCCUCUUGCUGUAAGAUUGGAUAAAUGAUGUUAGCACUUUUGCCAGCGAUGGCAAGCAAAUAACGUACAAAGCCCUGGUUUCAACAGUAGUGUUUUGUGCAAAGAGAGUGACAAAUCCUACAUCUAUGAAUAGGGCAUUAUAAAUACGUGAAGGUUCGUACAGAACAGCCAGUCUUGUUUGUGAACAGUUAGGCCUUACAAAAUGUUCUUUCAUUGUGGUGUGGAGAGCUACUUUAAGCUGUGGUGGGGGUUCUAUUUAAUGUUCCUGAUGGUACUCCACUCAAUAUAGUGUUUCCUUGGUGAUGUCUGUUUUAUUUAUUGAUUAUUUUUUAAAAAAAAAAAAUCUUUAAGCUGAAUAAAUGAAGACUGCCAACUGUA